CCCCCGUUGCUCGCGUCCUCCGUGCCUCUCACCAUUCGCCUUCACUCCCUUCUGAGCUCCAAUCCCAAUCGAUCGCCCUUCUCGAUCCUCGAAUCCGCUGAGGGAUAUGGCGGACAACUGCUCGGUGCUCGAUCCGUGGGUGUACAACUCGGAAUCGGCGUGGAUCAGCGAGGUCUCUGCCCGCGAGAACGCGGCCGUCGCCAUGGCCCUCCAGAUCUCCCUCUCCGACACCACCACCUCAUCCUCCUCCUCCUCCGCCGCCUCCGCCGACACCCUUUCCUCCCCUCUCCUCCUCCUCCAGCACCAAUUCACUCCCCCCUCUUGCUCCUCUGCGUCCGGAGACGCCACCCUUCGCCGGCGGAAUGCCCUCGGCCCGGCCCUGCAGGGGCGGGUCUCGAAGAGGAAGUCGCACGCGUCGAAGCGGUCGGCCACCACCUACAUCUCCGCCGACCCGAUCGACUUCCAGGAGGUGGUGCAGCGGGCGACGGGGUUCCGUCUCGCGGGGGAGCCACUGGUGAAGCCCGAGCCGGUACGGUCCGCGGCGGGCGACCGGGCGGCCCUGCAACAGAUCCGCCUGCCCACGCUCGACACCUCGGUGUCUUUUCUGGAUACGGGCGCGGUCGGGAUCCCGAGCGGGGGCUUCUCGUCCGGUUCACCACCACCUGCCUACGCGCCGGACUUCGACUUCGAUCCACUACUCCCGGCCUUCCCUACGCUGGAUUCGUGGGGUGUCAUGUAGAGGAGAUAGCUUCUUUAGACGUCUGACGCUAUUCGGACGUUGCUGAUCACGCUAACAAGCCUUGCAGUUCCUACUAUUUGUUUCUCCCUUUUAUAGUACUGUUGGUAAGUUCCUUUUUGUCGUUCCGACAACAUAAAUGUGAUGAGUUAACGUGAGAAAUAUGAUCAGUUAAGUGUUCUACCUGUGUUUGUAGAAA